AUGGCGCUGCAAUCCACACGUCUGGACCGGGUGAAUCUGCGGGCAAAGUGCAGCUUGGAAGCACGAGAAGUGAACAGCAAUGACGGGAGCCCAGCGGCCUUUUUCUAUGCGCCACCGCAGAAUGGAGUUUGGCACAUCCAUUUGGAAGGAGGUGGAUCCUGUUAUGAUGAGGACACCUGUCUCUCAGUGACCCAUGAGAAGUCGCUAAUGUCGUCCAAUUUUUUGCCCCAAAGCAUUUGGCUGGGCGGCAUCUUCUCACGCGACAGUACGUCACCAGCCCUGGCACAUGCAGGGCAUGCCUUCCUGAAGUAUUGCAGCUCCGACUCAUGGCUGGGCAAUUCCUCGAAAAUUUGGAGGGGUCGUCCCUUUUUCUUUCACGGAGCUGUCAUCCUGGCCGAAGCUGUCUAUGCCUUGCUGGACCGGGGCAUGAAACAUGCAGAGAUGGUCCUCUUCAGCGGUUGCAGCGCUGGUGGACGAGGAGCCAUCUACAAUUUGGACGGCUUGUGCAGCCUGGUUUCGUCCUUUUCCCCCAAUGUGCGCUGCUUGGGCCUGGGCGAUUCUGCCUGGUGGAUGGAGAGUGUUUUCCUGAGCGGUGGCUUGGAACUUCAGUCCUUGCUGCGCAAGAACGCUGCACACGGCCGAGAGGUUUGGGGUGGCUCCUGGCUGUCUCAGCCACUAUGGCGUUGUCGGCAAGCACAGCAGCACCUUCCAAAGGUAUCCACAGGCGCUUUGGCCAAGUUCUCUCCGAACAUUAGCCACUUUGACCGGUGCAUGUUUGGCCCAACCCUGGCGGAGCAUCUGCAAACAGCAACCCUGCUCUCAAUUUCGCUCAACGAUUUCUUUCAGUUCGACCACUUGGCACCGAGUUAUCACAGCGUGUAUUUUGGCGGCGAGAACGGUGGCCCGUUGAGCCAAAUCGAUCUGCAGGCCAUUGCAGCUUUGAGAAGCGAAUUUCAGCAGAGCUUGGCCAACUGGGUCAGCACCAAGGAACCUUUACGCCUGGUUUUUGCAUCCGGCUGUUUUGGUCAUUGCAUCACAGAAGGGCCCUUGUACAACACCAUCCGCUUGCGCGAGGGGCCAGGAAAAGGCCUUGCGUUGAGCGAUGCGGUGGCUGCCUUCCUGGAGGGUCACUAUUUGCAGUCCCAGGCCUUCGUGGAGCAAUGCCAUUGCGAGACCUUGAGCUGCAGCGAUGGCUGCGAGCCUCGCGGCCUCUGGAAGGUCGUCUUGACGAUGUCCUGCAGAUACGUUUUGCUUCCACUCUGCUUCCUUUGCGGCAUCUCCUGGCUGCGGCGGCGGAAAGGUGUUCCGGUGGAGUCGGAGUAUCAUGGCAGGACAUCUGAUCCUUAUGCUGCUCACUAUGAGGGCAGAUAUGAUGGACCUCAGCCUGCCCACGGUGCCUAUGGCUACCCUCCUGCAUAUCCCUACGAUCCUUACACCCGGCCUCCAGGCUAUGGCGCUUUUUACCCACCGGGCUACCCCCCCUAUGGCUACCCACCUGCUGGCUAUCCGCCGCCUGGUUACCCACCACCUGGGUAUCCGCCUCCAACCUACCCUCCCCCUGGCUAUGCGUAUCCACCCCCCCAGCCUGAUGGCAAAGCCGCGCAGAAACCGCGCGAGGGAAGGAAGCGCCGAGAGCAACACAACGAAGGGGAGAUCAAGCUCACCUUGCAGGAGGUCUUGCCUAGAUUCCUCCAUUUCGCACAGGAACAGGAGGGCAGCCGCUUCCUACAAUGGAAACUGGACAACUGCAGCGAAGAGGAGCAGGCCCAGAUUUUCGAGAAGGCAUCCCCAGCACUUCCGAAGCUCGCGAAGGACGCCUUUGGAAACUUUGUGAUUCAAAAAUUGCUGGACAGCGCAUCCGACGACCAGGCUAGGGACCUGGUCGUGGAGCUGCGGCAACGGAUGCUGGAGCUGUCCAUGGACAGGUUCGGGUGCCGCGUGGUGCAGAAGUUUCUGGAGAAGCUGAAGCCGAAGAUCCGAGCUGAUCUGGUUUCGGAGCUGAUGGAUAAAGUGCUGGAGUGCAUUGAAGAUAUGCAUGGCAACCACGUGAUCCAAAAAGUGGUGGAGAAUAUGCCGUCCGAAGUGGACUUUGUGAUUCAAGCAGUGGCGCCCCGUGCGGCUGAAAUGGCCUCGCAUAUGUAUGGUUGCCGCAUCAUACAAAGACUCCUGGAAAACUGUGAGCCGUUGAGCAUUUCGGAGGUGUUGGAACCCAUCGUGGAAGCAAGCGAUCAGCUCUCCAAAGACAAACAUGCCAACUAUGUGGUGCAAUGCAUUCUGGAGAGGGGACGGCUGCAAGACAAGAUACGAAUCGUAGAAAUUGUGACUGCCAACGUGCUGGAGCUUGCAAAGAACAAGGUCUCCAGCAAUGUGGUGGAAAGGUGUUUUGAAGCCACCACCGUGGGACCCGAUUCUGCCGAAUUGGUGAAUGAAAGAACUGCGUUGAUGUCUGCGGUCUUGGGAUCUUCUGGUGAUACUCGGGCACCCUUUGCCCAACUGAUGACUGACAAGUUCGGCAACUAUACGGCGCAGAGGAUCAUUGAGUACAGCCGCGGUGACGAUUGGGAGGAGCUGAAGCGUCGGGUGGAAGCUGUACAACAUGACUUAAAGAACUCACCCACAGGUAAGCACAUUUUGGCUGCCUUGGCAAAGAGGAAGAACCAUGGUGUCACGGUGGAAAGCCAACGUUUGACCAGCACCGUGCGAAAAGAACGCGUUUUUGGGAUGAUCGAUGGUCGGUGGUUCGAGGUGGCAUCGGCAUGUGAAGUUCGCCUGGCCUCGCUGCAGGCACAGUACCCGCAGCAACUGCAGUCCCUCUUUGUGGAGCAUCUAGGAGUUCCACUCUUGAGCUCUGUGGAGGUGCAAGACCGCUUACGCGCUGUGGCCUCGCUUGAAGACCCUCAGGCACUGCACGAUGCGUACCAAUGCUUGGCCAAGUUGUGGUCUUCGGAGCUGGAGGAUGUAGCACUGCAAUACAUAAAGAACGACCUGGCCAGUUUGAUCUUUGUGCCGAGCUCUCAAGAGAAGCUCCAGCCUGAUGCCUGCGUCUUUCUGCCCGCAAGCCAGCAGGGCCUCGCUGAGCUCUGCGGCAAGCAGGACUUAGGCCGCUUCUUUCCAGGCCUGGGGGACUACUUUGCACAGCUGGGGGUUCGAAGGCAGCUUUGCACCCAGCUGGCCCUGAAUGCCCUACGCUCAUUGCAGCAGGAGUCCUCGAGGGAUUUCUCCUUGGCAUGUGCCGCCUAUGCGAGUCUGGAAGAGGUUUAUGGCAUGGACAUGUCGGACAUUGACCUAAUGGUUCACUUUCAGGAGGAGCCACUGCUGCUGAUCCCAUCCAUGGCCGAGGCAAAGCCAAAAGUCUUGAAGAAGAAGAACUGGCGACGAAGUGUGGAUUGCAUGUGGUAUGACGUUCCGCGUGCUGAUGAAGUUGGCUGCGCCUCACUGGAGGGCCUUCUGCCGGGUCAUCUGGAGGAUUUCUGCAUCGAAGUCCUUGGUGUUCCAGCCCUACAAGCGGAUGAGGCCAGAGUGAUGUGUAUUCCAAUGACAGUUGAUGAUUGA